AUGUCCGGCGUUCGGAACGCCUUCACCUGCAGCUUCGUCGCCUGUCGGACCGGUCUGCGGAAGUGCUGGCAAUUCAUCCUCUGCUACCGGCCGCACAUCCUCGCCAACGAGUACCAGGUCCUCUGUCUGGGCCUGUCGGGCAGCGGGAAGAGCACCCUGCUGGCGCAGCUCGUCGGCGAGAACCCCGCGGCCACCAUCGAACCAACAAACGGCUUCAACAUCAAAACACUGCCCGUCGCCGGUCGGGUGAUGAGCAUCAAAGAGCUGGGCGGCUCAGACCGCGUCCGCCGCUUCUGGGCGCACUACUUCGAGAACAAGCACGCGCUCAUCUUCGUGCUGAACGUGGCCGCCACCACCGAGCGCAUGGAGGCGGCCGUGGAGACGCUGCGCAGCACGCUCCACAGCGCCGCCUUCCGCGGCCGGCCCUGUCUG